GAUGAUUGCAAAAACGUCUGUUUUUUGUACCUCAUAUUUAAGGUGGUACUUAUUUAUCACAGAUGAAAAAGUGUCUUGCAUUGAGGACAGGGGGCCGCACAGAAUCCCUCAGAGGGCUGCAAACGGCCCCCGGGGCCACACUUUGGACAACCCUGCUCUGGGAUUUAUCUAACAUGAUGUAAAUGUGCUGUCUAAAGCAAAAUAGAGACCAGAAAUAAUCUGAAGUAACCCUACCAAACCUCUGAAAAGGAAGUAACAGUUCUCUGCAUGUGUGCAGAGCAGAUGUAACGUCUCUUCCUUUAAAAAUAUAAAAUAAAUAAAUCAUCCACUGUGGCCCCCUCAGAGCCAAAAAGCCACUUCAGAGUGAGUCAGAUUACCGAUCUGUCCCUGAAGGCCUGUGCUUGGCUCGGCGCAGCGCUUCAGGAUCCGCAGAACCGAACGGCUGAAUAACAAACAGCCUCAAUCCUUCACGCAGGAUCGACCAAUCAGAAACCAGAGAUGUCAGAAAUAUCUGCAGAGAAAAACUGAAAAAGUAAACGAGGAAGCCUCUAAUUUGAUGUAAUUACACAAAUUUAUUCAAGUAGCUGUAAUUACAAACCACUUUGCAGCUUUACAUUUUCCAUGCAGAUGUAAAAAUGUCUCAUCACUGAUCUGGAACUGAGACAUGACGGUUUCUUACCUAAACAUUCAGCUUCCUCAUUAUGAGCAAUAAUGAGGAGAUUUUAAAUUGAAAUGGACUUUUGAUGAGCCGUUUUUAAACAUGAAAUUGUGCGGAUGCAAGUCUUUUCGUUGUUGGAACCAAGGAUUUAGCUACUACUGGAGGAAAACCAUCUUUUGAGCUGAUUUUUGACUAGAAAAACAGUCUGACGGUUCAUUCUCCACAGUGCAGGAGGGGAUUCUGUAUGUCUGGGACCUUGAAGUGUCUCUCUGGGAAUGAUGGUGUUGCCACUGGAACCGCCAUCUUUGUCACCAUGACGAUGCCAUUCAGCCCCCUGUCCAGUGACGAGGAGCAACAAAGGAUGCUGGGAAACAGCAGACAUCUCUAUCCUGGGGCAGAAGACGAAGAGGAGGAGGAGGAAGAGGAGGAAGAGGAGAUGGAAGAGGACGAGCGCGACGAGGACGGGGAGGAAGAGGAGAACGGCGAGCUGGAAGGAGACGAAGACGAUGAUGACGAGGAGAUGGUGGAGGAGGUCAGGCGAGGAGGCAUGCCUCGGAUCGGGAGAGGCGAGGGUCACAGACAGUCGGGCAAACCGGCGGGACGACCCGGCGGGGAUCGACAGAUGAGGCCAGGAAACCCGGGACACGCCGCCAACCCGUACUCGGCCAAUCCCGGACCCACGCACCAAGCAGCAGCCAAUCAGCAGCAGAGGAGGCUGAAGGAGCGCACUGCCAACUCAGUGCCAUCUGAAGACGCCCACAUCGCCAUGAUGGUGUUUCGCAUCGGCAUCCCAGACAUAAAGCAAACGAAAUGUCUGCGGUUCAACCCGGACGCCACUGUGUGGAAGGCCAAGCAGCAGGUGCUUUGCUCUCUGACCGAAUCGCUGCGAGACGUGCUGAACUACGGCCUCUUCCAGCCCGCCACCGACGGACACGACGCCAAGUUCCUGGAGGAGGAGAGGCCGCUCAGAGAGUACCCACAAUCCUUUGAGAAAGGGGUGCCAUAUUUGGAGUUCCGGUAUAAAACCAGGGUUUACAAACAGACCAAUCUGGAUGAGAAGCAACUGGCCAAGCUGCACACCAAGGCCAGUCUGAAGAAAUUCAUGGAUUACAUCCAAACCAGUGCUGUGGACAAGAUGGCCAAGUUCAUAGACAAGGGCCUGGAUCCAAACUACCAGGAUCCUGACACUGGUGGUGAGGAGAGCUGCACAGCAGAUGUUUAUGUUUUCUAUCAGCUACACUGGAUGUAGCAGCCGAU